CUUUAGGACUUUCAAGUAACGAAAGCUUCAAUGGACAAUGGGACCGUUCCCUCUCGUACUGUCUGAUUCUUACAGCUCUCUGCAUCUCCUGGUCUCAUCCCCACACUCUGCCAUCGCCCUCGUGAUCUCUUCCACUUUGGUUUCUUAUUAAUUCAUGCCUAAACAACAACAUCCUUAACUUCCCGAAGAAGAAGACAAACCCAACCCAAAAGAUUCAAACUUCCAUACUAUCUGCUCAUCAACUCCCGCCCCUCCCAUUUCACCCCAUAAAAUUUCUCUUCUUGCUCUUUCGUUUUCCAAACUCUACAUCUCUUAUAGUUAUGAAGUGUUUUCAUUUCACUAACGGGGAGAGGCGAGACGGGGGAGACGAUGGCGGCGGCGGCGGUGCCGUUUCUAGGGUGUCGUCGAAGGUAACGUGGACGAGGUCAUUUAGCGUGGCGUCAAGCAGCGUCGGCACGAGUCGUUCUGAGUUCGACUCCGAGUCGACCAGGGACUUGGCCUCUGACUUCUCGGCUGUGGGUGGUUUCUACGAGUUUCUGACUCAGCGUCGAGCUAACGAUCUGCGGGUGUUCUCAUUCGCCGAGCUGAAAUCAGCUACCCGCGGGUUCAGUAGAGCUCUUUUGAUCGGUGAAGGUGGGUUUGGGUGCGUUUUCAGAGGUGUCGUUAAGGUUCCUGAUGAAGCAAACGACGGUCGUGAUUCAAAGCUAGAUGUCGCCAUCAAACAACUAAAUCGUCACGGUUUCCAGGGGCAGAAAGAAUGGAUCAAUGAAGUGAGAUUUCUAGGUGUAGUUAAGCACCCGAAUCUUGUAAAAUUAGUGGGAUACUGUGCAGAGGAUGAUGAGAGAGGGAUUCAGAGACUUUUAGUCUAUGAACUUAUGCGUAACAAAAGCUUGGAAGAUCAUCUCUUAGCUCGUAUGCAUGCACCAUUGCCUUUGCCAUGGUUGAUAAGAUUGAAAAUUGCUCAAGAUGCUGCCCGGGGCUUGGCUUACCUGCAUGAAGAAAUGGAUUUCCAGCUAAUAUUUCGAGAUUUUAAGACAUCGAAUAUUCUACUGGACGAGGACUUUAACGCGAAGCUCUCAGACUUUGGGUUGGCUAGACAAGGACCUUUGGAAGGAUUUGGCCAUGUUUCUACAUCAGUUGUUGGCACGGUUGGUUAUGCUGCCCCUGAGUAUGUGCAAACUGGUAGGCUAACCGCUAAGAGUGAUGUUUGGAGCUUCGGGGUGGUUCUAUAUGAGCUCAUCACCGGAAGGCGAGCACUAGAAAGAAAUCUACCUCGAAGUGAGCAGAAACUCCUGGAAUGGGUGAAACCUUAUAUAUCCGAUUCAAAGAAAUUUCACCUUAUCAUAGACCCUCGCCUUGAAGGACAGUAUUGCAUAAAAUCUGCUCAGAAGCUAGCAUCGUUGGCCAACAAAUGUCUAAUGAAAAACCCCAAGUCCCGUCCUAAAAUGAGCGAAGUGGUUGAGAUGCUAGGCAACAUCAUUAGUGGGACAUCGACUAAAGAUGAAGGUAUCUCUCAAUCAAUGAGUGAAAGUGAUGAUGCAAAGGAAGAAACCAGAGUGGAGGUUGGGGCCGAGUCUACCAAGCAAGGGCACAGUUAUCUGAAGAAGGUUCUGGAUAUCAGAGAAAUAAUGAGCUUAAGAAACAGAUCAAUUGGGAAGUUAGAUUGGAGAAAUUGGACACCUGGACUGGUGAGGACUUGGUAAACGAGGAGCUUGCAGCUUGCAACCGAGAAAGAAAUAGAUAAGCCCUUUCAUACUGUUGAAUGAAUGCAUUCCCAUAGUCAAAUACAUAGUACCGAUUAGUCAAUCGAUUACGUUUUCUUAGCAAUAGACUUUUCGAAAUUUUUGCAUCACGGCACAACAGUAUGUAUAUUACACCUAUAUUUUGCUCCAACUGAUGUCUAAUCCAACAAAUUACCUAAAA